UUUGUGUGUGCAUGUGUCUGUGUGUCUGUGUCACAUCAAUGGAUAGGCGAGGCUUGAAAUGCCGAAAUGCAUACAUAGAUGGAACGAGGGCGCAGAAGUGAUGACUGCUUUUGGUGAACUAUAACUCCCGUCCAGACAGGGUGAAUCAAGGCUCGGCGCGGACAACAUGUAAGAAUUGAAGCUUUGGUGUACAACGACACUGCCUGAAUUUCUGAUGGGCUUUUAAAAGGCUUCUUAAGGAUACCUGCUGGAUUUUUCCCCACGUUACAUACCAGCGUUCUUCCUCUGGAAAAUGGAGAUCGGAACAACCUGAAGAAGAGAGAUAUUGUGUAAUCUCGGCAACUUUAUUCAUUCUCCAAUGCACCGGAUACCUAUUCGCUCACUAAGCUGCGGGACUUCUUUCAUCGCUAUAACCUGGAGGGAAAAUAGAUAUAAGCAUCUUGAAUUGCGCACUGGGUUGUGAGGUGAAAUCUAAUCAGAUUCAGCAGGGUUGAUGACUAAGAAGUAAUAGGGACUUGAAGAAAAGUUACGUUUAAAAACGACACCGAGCGGGACGUUAAAAAAAAAACCCCACAUCUGCCUGUCAAUGCAUGGAUGAUGGUCUGUCAUACUGUCUUAUGACAAGCUUUUCAGGAUGGAUCUACCUGGAAAUUGACCACACGAGGUUGUGAAGAGGUUACUUUCCUAACCUUUAAUCCAGAUCUGAGAGAGAAUUUUAAAAAACAGUCUUACUUCACAUCCACCUAAGUCAUCAUUUGGAGAAAACCCGGGACCACAGUGGGUAUCGCUUUACAUCGGGAGAGUAGUUUCAACAAUGGCACUUGUGGGUGCCUCCGUUUUAUGUGCGUCCUGAAGAAGAAAAAGAAGAAGAAGAAGAAGAGGAGGAAAUAUCGGAUGCAUUAUCAUCACUGUGAGAGACUGAUGUGUGGAUUUACAUACCACGUCGUUUUGAGAGUGGGAACGCAAUGUGUCUGACGAGAAAAUAUCGCCACGGAUUCUGCAAAAUCGCCUGAGAAUUGCAGAUGUUUUUUCGAUGCAGUUUUUGGGGAGGGAGCGGAAGAGGGGACCGUUCUCCGUCUAAAGCAGAGAUCCUGCAGACCUCGGCAGUCUUCGUGAACAAGGACAGCUUUACAGUGGAUUGGAAGUUAACAUGAGGAUGACCAGAACCCAUUGGAACUGUGAUUGAAUUGGCAGUGAGCCCAAAUCCUCAUUCCAAAGAGUGGAAGACCAGUCAACGAAUUAUGAAUGUUAAACAAGAUGACCUCCUCUCAGCAGCAGCAGAUGAUGCGAGGUCCUAGGUGGAACCGGGCCUUGUCCGACCCUUUGUUUGUGCUGCUUCUGGCCCUCCAGCUGCUGGUGGUGGCAGGGCUGGUACGUGCUCAGACGUGCCCCUCUGUCUGCUCCUGUAGUAACCAGUUCAGCAAAGUCAUCUGCACCCGGCGGGGCCUGCGGGAUGUCCCUGAUGGCAUCUCUACUAACACGCGCUACCUGAAUCUGCAAGAAAAUCUCAUUCAGGUCAUAAAGGUGGACAGCUUCAAGCACCUAAGACAUCUGGAGAUCCUACAGCUGAGCAAAAACCACAUACGCAAAAUUGAGCUUGGGGCCUUCAAUGGACUGGCCAGCCUCAAUACCCUGGAGCUUUUUGAUAACCGCCUCACUACUAUCCCAAACGGGGCAUUUGAGUACCUGUCCAAACUAAAGGAGCUUUGGUUGAGGAAUAAUCCCAUAGAGAGCAUUCCCUCCUAUGCUUUCAACAGAGUGCCCUCAUUACGGCGGUUGGACCUGGGGGAGCUCAAGCGGCUCUCCUACAUAUCUGAGGGGGCCUUUGAAGGGCUGAGCAAUCUACGCUACUUAAAUCUGGGAAUGUGCAAUCUGAAAGAAAUUCCCAACCUUAUUCCCCUGGUGAAGCUGGAUGAACUGGAGAUGUCGGGGAACCAGCUGACUGUCAUCCGGCCUGGCUCUUUUAAAGGGCUCAUCCAUUUGCAGAAGCUAUGGAUGAUGCAUGCCCAGAUCCAGACCAUAGAAAGGAACUCUUUUGAUGACCUGCAGUCACUAGUGGAGCUCAAUCUAGCCCAUAACAACCUUACCCUUUUGCCCCAUGAUCUCUUCACUCCUUUACAUCACCUGGAGAGGGUGCACUUGCACCACAACCCGUGGAAUUGUAACUGUGACAUCCUCUGGCUAAGCUGGUGGCUUAAGGAGAUGGUACCAGCAAACACCAGCUGCUGUGCCCGCUGCAGCUCCCCAACCCACCAUAAGGGACGAUACAUUGGCGAGCUGGACCAGAACUACUUUCACUGUUAUGCUCCUGUUAUUGUGGAGCCUCCCGCAGACCUAAAUGUGACAGAGGGAAGCGCUGCCGAGUUGAAAUGCAGAGCCAGCUCCUUGACCUCGGUCAGCUGGAUUACACCCAAUGGUUCCAUCAUGACACACGGUGCUUACAAGAUCAGAAUCUCCGUGCUGAACGAUGGCACUCUGAACUUUACCAAUGUUACCAUGCAGGACACGGGCACAUACACAUGUAUGGUCAGUAAUUCUGCAGGUAACACAACAGCAUCUGCCACACUCAAUGUGUCCUCUACAGAGAACAGCAGCUUCAGCUACUUCACCACAGUGACAGUGGAGACCAUCGAGACUCCACAUAAUGAAGGCUUCACCACCGCUGUGCAGCAGAAAGUGGGACCCACCCCCUCUGCUGGUGCAUGGGAGUCUGUCUCACCCACCUCUACAACCACCACAACAGUCCGGACCCCGCUCUCCACCCGCGCCACGGAGAAGACUUACACAAUCCCCGUCACGGAGCUGGGGGAGGGCUCGCUGAACGGCUUGGACGAGGUGAUGAAGACGACCAAGAUCAUCAUUGGCUGCUUCGUCGCGAUCACACUCAUGGCAGCCGUCAUGCUGAUCAUCUUCUACAAGAUGCGCAAACAGCACCACCAGCAGAACCACCACGCACCCCAACGCACCAUUGAGAUCAUCAAUGUGGAUGAGGACUGUGUAACGGGAGGCCCGGGCAUGGAGGGCCACCUGACCCUGCCUCCUCUUGAGCACGAGCACCUCAACCACUAUAACACCUACAAGACUGCAUACAACCAUGCCUCCACUAUCAACUCCAUACACAGCUCAGCGCACGAACCUUUGCUAAUCCGGGCCAGCUCGAAAGACAAUGUACAAGAGACCCAAAUCUAAUCCCUUUUUUUUUUCAAAAUGAGACAUUAUAAAACUGAUGGAAUUACAUAAAAACAUUGCUGACAGGACUUUACUGACAAUUGGUAAUGAGGACUCUGGCUCAAACAUGGAGGAACAGACUCAAGUGUUUAGCAAAUCAGUGGUGGGUGAUGUUUAUUCAAUGACUUUGGGAAUUAGGGUAUGUCUACUGUUUCAAAAAGUGUCUUUACAAAACAGAAGUUAUUUAUUUAAGAAAAAACUAUUGUGGUUAAAUCAAGAAAAAACUGUAUUCUGCAAUUAUUUUUUCAGCACUUAUUUCAUGUUUUUUCCCCUUCCUCUCAUUUCACGGGAUUGGUUUACUAAUAUGCUUUCAAACUCUGUUUGAAAACAUCUGUUGAAGAAAAACUACUGAAGCAAAUUAUUGUUCUUUUUUUUGGUAAACUGCAGUGUUUGGAUGAGAAGAGAUAGUAACAUCAUUUCCCCCAUGUAUCAAAGGAAUCUAGAGCACAUUAGCGAUCUUCUCCAGCUGUGGAUUAAGUGAUGAAAUCUUUUGUGACCAUCUGUAACUGAGAUGAAUUGAGCACUUGUUCAUUAUUUUACAGUGAGUGACAGAACUGUCAGUGACGAAAUUUGAUCAUAAUUCACUGUUUAAUUAUAUCUGUCACAUACAUAUGAGGCACUUUGCUCUGUCAUCAGUCGAGUGAGGAUUUUAAAUGACGGGAAUAUGCCCUGCAUUCUUCUGUUGUAAAAGUCGAGGCUCACUAUUAGAAGUGCAUUUUAGUUAAAUUAAAUUCUAUUGAUUAACGAUGAAAAGAACUUACAUUUGUCUUUGUGUUCCUAAUGUAUAUGCAAAAAAAAAUACCUAAUCUCCACUUGUUUUGAUUCAAGUUCCCAGCUUCUCUGAGACAUUUAAGAGAUUAUUAUAGAGAACAUUAAUUACAUUAAGACCAAUUUAUAUUCUCAGAGUCAUGAUACAGGAGCAGCAUUAAUAAGUACUUUAGAUUCUACAUAUCUGUGAUUGAAAAAAAUACGAAAGUCUUGUCAAGAAUAUAGAUGAUCUGACGAAAGUCCACUGCCUCCAAAUGUUUUCAAUGUAUCAUGGCCUCACCUUUACCUCACGGUGCUUUGUACUGUGGCAUAUGAAGAUGAUUGCUUUGAAGCCACCUUUUUCAUGCCCGGACCCCUUACCUCAUCUGCAAUACUGCAGGACUGAAUGCUGUCAGAAGCAGACUGAUGAGCUGAAGAAAGAGCUUAAACCCUUUAUACAGCUGUCUGAGCACAUUGCCUGUCAUCUGUGUGCCACGUUUCCACAUGGGCAGUGCCUGGCACCCCCAGAUUCACACCCUGCCCCUGCCAACCACAGCUCUUGGCCCCCUGAGCGGCGGGGCUUAUGCUGCGAGAGGCUUUAGGGGUGAAUGUGUGGGAUCGGGCAUCAACCAGAUGUUUGGGUUGCACCUGCCUCUCUCCCUCUCCCUUUGCGACAACACAAUUUCCAUUUUAAUUGAUGUGCCCAUGGGCUUUGGAUGAACACAGCUCUGCAGGCGCCCACACCUUGGAAACCAUUUCAAAGUCCCCACUGUGAAAAAUGGCGGCAGGCACCAUAAAUGCAGAGGUUAGGCAGACAUGUGCCAUAUUCAACACUUAGGGAGAUGCCCCAGGUUUAUUUUUAGGAAAUAAGGGCAGUUUCUGCUCCCCUAACAGUAAUAUAUAUAUAAAAAGUUAGGCCACUGUCAUGCUUAAUUCAGUUUUGUGUUUUCAUUAUAGCAAGGUGUUACAGUAUGGAAAUAUAUAGAGGAGAAUGACUCAUAAAAACUAAUGUUACAGAUGGUGGCAUGCACUUUCUGUUGAGUCAUUAUGCACUUGAAUAACAAUGAAUUUGUACUCCACCAAAAGUUCACACUAUGCUGGAGUUAAAAAUACUCUUUAGGGCUGAAAGGUAUAGGCUCAUAUUAAUGGUGGUUACAGUAGAUUCCAAUGGUAGCAGUGUUUUGUUUUGUUUUUACAGCAGAAAUAAAAUACCAACGCAUCCACUGAAACCUCUCAUAUUACCACUGCUGCACAAUCAAUAUCAAGUCUCGUUUGUUUCAAACAGUCACCAUUUGGUUAAAACAUCACACGGUCAAUCUAAAGCUGUAAUGUUCAUAGGCCCAUGCAUGUCACAGCGGCCACCUCCUUCCCUUCCAUUGGUCAAAACCACUCUAACCUAUACUGGCUAGCCUUACUCUGCACUUCCUUAAACAAAGCCACUGAAUAUGAAUUCAACUUCAAUAUCCAACAUUGUAGAUUAUAGUCGAACAACAAAAUGAUAUAACUAUUAAACUUUUAAAACCACCAUUAAAGCCUACAGAGAUUGACUACUCAUCAAGACAGAUUUUUGAACUACAAGACAAAUAGGCCUUCUCCGAAUUUAAUGUGUCAGCAUUUUUCAAUUGAGAAUAAAUGAGAUACAGUAUUUUCUCGGUAUUUCAUGACGAGGAUAUGAAAAGAGAAUUAAAUUAAACAAUAAGAUAAUAAUCUAAAGCCCUAUUCCCACAAGACUUAUAUUACCUGGGGUCCUCUUGUGAUAUGUAAUACAAUAAGUGCAUAGAUUAUAUAUGUUAAUAAUCUAUGUCUGUAAUCUGGUAAUUAAACAUCUUAAAUUACUACUAUAUUUCACCUAAUACAGAGGUCAUUUAAUAUAAUUUGUCUCGUGUGAAAUAGCAUUUUAAUUUGUUUUUUGUGCUAAUUUUUCUUCCUCUUCAAGGUCAAGAAUUAUAGAGGCUGCAGUGGAAAUUAUUAAUGGGAGCUUUGAUACUAUUUUGGGUGCAAAUGCAGGAGGCUAUUGUAUCCACUCAAUAUAGAGACCCACUGUAUGUUUUGAAAUAAUUUGAUAAUCAAGAUAAUUCUGGAGAUUAGUUUAGCAAAUUGAUUUCUUCACUUUGAAUGUGCUGCACACAACACAGAUAUGGGGGGUUUCUGAAUAGCACGAGGUCCCCAGAUAAUUUUAGUCCAGAUGGAAUGAGAUAAUUGAUUACCCCGUAUCGAGCUUCUUUCGUCACCCCCUGACACUAUUUAUCCCAUAAUUGCACUUCUGUGGAGUUUGGCACAUUUGUAAACCAUAGAAUGACAGGGCUGUGUGUGUCAUUUAGUCUGUGUUUGAGUUCCUAGUGGUGGAAUGUGGAUCACAAUUCUACUCAGUUUACGUAAGAGAGUGUAACCAUCCUCCCCUUUUUGCCUUUAGUUGGAGGUAAAUUGUCUGAAAAUUUAAAUGGUAAAUUUGUUGCAUUUUAGUCAAGCUGUCUCAUGUAUGUAAGAUAUCUAAAUAUUUUUGGUCAAUAUUCUUUUCUUUCCACAUUCUUUUCUUUUUUUCUGAGAGGGAAUGCUGUUCUAGUGGUAGAUUUAUAUAAAAAUACAUUUUGAGAAUAAAACAAAACAAAAACAAAAAUUUUUAAAUUUUGAUUUUACAUGUGCCAACAACCUGUUCUAAAAGUGAAAAAGAGAAACAUGCUGUAAAAGAAUAAGAGAUUGAUUUUCAUGUAAGCAUUCUUUCAUGACCUUUAAAAGAUAUGGAGAUUGAUUAUAGAGACCAGAGUUUGUAGUUCAUACACAAAAUAUGGUUAAAAUAAACUAUUGUUGUUUU